CCGGAAGGGUCCCGCCGCGCUCAACCGGUUCGAUCGUUCGACCCCUUCGGCCGACCAGUGUUCACGACCGGACCUGGUUACCGUUACCCCGGUGGUGCGGAUGUCGCGAGAUGCGCACCCGCGCGAAAACCGAUGUCCCCGACGACCUCUCGUGCCGCGUACGAGCUCCUGGUGAACCGGUUGCGCUCCAACAGGUUGCGGCCCCCCACCGCGUCGUUUCGAACACGAUACGCGCACAGGAACAGUAGGAAAAUCGUUGAAAUUACUUCGUCGUGCGGUGGUUCGACGGUCGGAUCCGAACGAAAUACGUGAUCGUAGUGAACUCCAGCGGUUACCACGAUCGUCGUCAUUGAAUGUGUAACGAGUAUUCGGAGAACGAACGGUGAACGGAUUGUCGCUCGGACGACACGAAUAUUUGCGGUCGUCGUCGCGGUGCAGAGUGCCCGGUCAUUGAUGAACCGCGUUCGGACGACGACAUGCGACCGGCCGACGGACACUGCUGAUCAGAUCGCGCUGUCGGACCGCUCGGAGGUCGGGCUGACCGUUGAAUAACCCGGAGCAGCGCACCGCGCGCCACCGACUACGCACAGCGCGCCGCCAUGGAACGCAACAGAUUACCGGAACCGCGGUUGUAGCCGGGCGUCCGGAGACCGUCACUUGACCAUCCGCACCGGCCGCGGCCCACGACCGCGGACGAGACGCCCACAGCGCCCGCAUCAACCGUCCAACAGCGACACCGCCGACCCGUCACCCCCCGCGGAUUUAUGGAAACGGACGGCGAUGGACGCGAACCGGCGGCGGCUGCGAGAGCGCCCGUGGACGGUGGCUGCGACGAGGAGUACGAUGACUAUCUGGCCGACCUGCUGGGCAAACUGUGCCGGGAACGGAACGCGGCCGAACAGCUGUUGCUGCCGUGCACCGCGAAACGGGUGUCGCUCCAGGUGGAGUCGGUGCCGUACGGCGGUGCCCGGUACGCGGACGCGGAAGGCGGCUGUGAAGACGACGACGACGGGGCGUCCACGGCCACGAUCACGCGCAAACCCAAGAUACCGGACGGCGGCUGGGGAUGGAUGGUGGUGUUCGCCUCGCUGAUGAUCUGCCUGAUCUCGGACGGCAUCAGUUUCUCGUUCGGGCUGCUGUACAUCGAGUUCCUUAAGGAGUUCCAGGAGAGCAAGUCCAAGACCGCGUGGAUCGGCAGCCUGUUCAUGGCCGUGCCGUUGAUCCUGGGUCCGGUGGGAAGCGCGCUGGUCGACAAGUUCGGCUGCCGCAAGAUGACCAUACUGGGCGGCGUCAUAUCCGGGCUGGGCUUCAUCAUCUCGUCGUUCGCCGACUCCAUCGAAAUGGUGUUUUUCACGUUCGGCUUCCUGUCCGGCCUGGGCCUGUGCCUGUGCUACGUGACGGCCGUCGUCAGCAUCGCGUACUGGUUCGAUAAGAAGCGCACGCUGGCCACCGGGCUGGGCGCCUGCGGCACCGGCAUCGGCACGUUCCUGUACGCGCCCAUGACCCAGUACUCGAUCGAGGAGUACGGCUGGCGCGGCACCGUGCUCCUGUUGGCCGGCACGUUCUUCAACUUUUGCGUGUGCGGCGCCCUGAUGCGCGACCCCGACUGGCUGAUCGCCGAACAGAAGAAGCCGCCGGCCACCGCGGCCGCGGCCGUAGCUUCCAAGCCGUGGACCGACACCGAGGAGUCAAUCGUGGACCAUUGCCCGGUGGUGGCCGUCGAGAACGAGACGCACGCCGAUCCUAAGGAAUCCGAACUGGCCGUGUCCGAACCGGACGUGGCCAUGCUGUACCCGGACGUCGGCCAGUACAGGCGCAUGGUGAAAGAAGCGCAGGGCGCCGAGUACCGGUUGACCGGAGUCACCACAACCGUCCGCAGACCGAACGCCUCGACCCGGGAACCCAACACCAACCCCAAUCACAACAACAACAGCAACAGCAAUAACAACGGUUUCCGAUCGGUCAUCAACCUACCCACGUACGUCAAGCACAACGAGAAAGUGCCGUUCGAAGUGCUCGAGUCGCUGAGCUCGAACAAAGUUCUGUUCAACUUGAUACUGGAAAACUAUCCGAAUCUGUUGCUAUGCCGGAGCAGCAGCGUGAACCAGGUGAGCAACCCGUCGGCGGGCAAGGACAACUCGUCAGGGUGCAAGGGCGCGCAUCACCGGUCCGACACACCGCCACUGGUCAUGAAAAUGAAACUGAAACAGUCGAAGAAGUCGGACUCGAUGGGCUCGGGCGUCAUUUCGCCACUGGAAUCGCAAACGUGCACUUCGCCGCCCCAGACCUACACGGCCGACAACAGUCCCGAGAGGCAGCCCAAAGCCCAUCACUCGAUGCUGAAGAGGCAAAUGAGCACCACGCAGAGCAGCUUUCUGAAGAGUUUACCAUAUCACAGGAGCUCGGUGAUGUACAAGGGUGCUAUAUUGAAUAUUCAAAAGAAUUCCCAGAAAGCAUCUUCGUGUCCUGACAUAUAUAACAAUAACUCCACGUUAACAGUUGCUAGUGAACCCGAUUCCAUGUUCUCUCACAGGGAUAGUUUUGUCAAAGUAAUUAAUCAGUUAUCGAGUAAACGCGUGAAUACGGUACGUCGAGUUAGGCGGAAAAGGUCAUAUUUUCAUCCGAAAACGUUGAAAAAGGAAUGGUACACUGAAGCGAAAGAGCUAUUCAGCGGAAUCUUGGACUUUAGUAUGUUUUUGGAAUUGCACUUCUUGUUCCUGUCCCUAUCUACAAUAUUGUUGUUCACGUGGUUCAUCGUGCCGUAUUUCUACCUUACCGAUUUCGUUAUGGCCCAAGGACUGAGUGAAACUGACGCCUCUACCAUCAUCAGUACAAUAGGAGCUACGAACACCGUUGGAAUGAUACUGCUGGGCUGGGCCGGCGACUAUCCGUGGAUGAACGUGACCAAGGUGUACGCCAUCUGCUUGGUGGGCUGCGGCAUUUGCUGCGCCAUCAUGCCGCUGUUCAUCAGCAGCUUCUGGUCGUUGAUCGUCAUCGGCGCCGCGUUCGGACUGUUCUUCGCGUCCAAUUUCUCGUUCACGCCCGCCAUACUGGUGGAGCUCAUACCGCUGGACCGGUUCACCACGGCCUACGGUCUGAUGCUGCUGUGCCAGGGCAUCGGGAACCUGUUGGGACCGCCGUUGGCAGGUUGGGUGUCUGAUGUGACCGGUGUUUGGGACUUAUCUUUUUAUUUGGCUGGUUUUUGGAUCGUUUUAUCUGGUGUGUUUAUUGGGCUUAUUCCAUACACGAAAAAUCGUCUAUUGUGGGGCGCUGGUCAGCUUGAAAUUGAAAGGGAUAGUGUCAGGUCAUAAAAAUAUAAAAAUUUAUCUUCAAAUAUAAAUAGGAGACCUUAGAAAUGUCUCAUAGUAUGAUUUAUUCUUCAUCGUAUUGAGGUAUAAACGUAAUCCUCUGUAAUAUGAAUUGUUUCGACAAUUCUUUAUCGAGUUCUUUUCUGUGAUGUAUAUCGUAUAACCGACACUGAUGUCAACAUUACCCGAGUGAAGUAUUUUGCAAAUUAUACAUUGAGUUAACAAGGAAUGUUGAAACGAAUUUUAUUCAGAAUUUUUUUUCUAAAUAUUUAUCAUUACAAUAUUAUAAUAAUAUUAUUAUAUACAAAGUAAUAUAAUGACAAAUAAUACUCUAGAAUAUUUUAUUUUAGUAUUUAUCGAAGGAAGUCGUUAAAAACGUAAUUCCUUUCGAAUUCGAUGUUUAAAAAUCGAAUGGUUAAACGUAAAAUAAAGUAGUUAUUUAAAUAUUGUUAACAUUCCUAUAAAACUCAAAACGUAUGACGUUUUAAUACAAAUAUUAUUUAAGAAUUUGGCCGACGGAUGUGAAGACUUACAACGCCGUGAAAAUCGUUGGAACGCAACAUAAAUAUUAUAUGCAUCUACAUUUGACGGUUUUAAACGAAGACGGUUAAUAAAAUAUUAUCCCUCUAAUAUAUUAUUAUUAUUAUUAUUACUAUUAUUAUUAUUAUUAAUGAU